UCUGCUGAUCGAAAUCUUUAUUCGUGUGCCCAUAGUGGAGUGGGGACACCUCGCCUGUGUUAAUAAAUACUGGGCUGAUUUGUUUAGGCAGGAUUGCUUGUGGCACGCUGCUCUUAUUAGGUGUUUCCCUUUGGCUGGUCAUGGUGAAAGGUGGCCUGGCCCUAUUCCUCGUGGGAUGAGCAAGAGGAGGUUUAUUGCUCUGUGUAUGAGUAAAUGUAUCUUUCCACUUGGUGAUGAGCUAAGUGAGAUUGUAGGUCAUUCAUACUUGUUUCUGAAAGAGCAGCUCGAAAUUUCAACUUUGCCUCCUUCACCAGUUAUACUUCAUGGAACUAUAAUAGAUCAGUUUAUUGCCUGUGGCAAAUCAAGGGACAGAGCUCAUGAGCUUGCUUCAGUUAUUUGGUUGGCUGUCAUUGACAACUUGGAGGAGAAUCAUCAGACGUUUCUUUUGCUUAAACGUCUUGCACUUGAGGGCGAUGUGUUUCUGCCAUAUCCAUACUCAAGAUCCUUCAAAGUUGAGUGGAAGAUAUUAGACAGACUUUUCACAGAUUUUCGCGACUGCUUAGCUGAUGCAGAUUACUAUGAUUUAUUGGCUUGUGCAAAACAGAAAUUUCAGCCAAUACCACCAACCUGGCUGGGAUAUUAACACCUCUCUUAUUUUCUAAAUUUCUAUCUCUGAAGUCGCCCAUUGAAAUCAAUCCCAGAUCUCAAUUAUGCUAAUUUUAGACCAUUCAUGGACUGAGAACCUGUAUAUGAUGUAAAUAUGAAAGAUUGUAAUUUCAGACCAUGAAAAAGUGGGUGCAGGUUUGUGAAUAAUGAAUAGAUCAUUGAUGAAUGGAUUAUGGAUA